AUGGAUACAGAAGACUUCAGCUUCCCUAGAAUUUCUGAGAAUUAUUCAUAUCAUGGCAUUGAUUCACCUCCUUUAUGGAAUCUAUCACCAGCAACAGCCUCUCCUAACCCCUACAAAGGAAAUUAUGAUAAAGAACACUGCUUUGAAACAAAGGUAGUGACAUCAAAUAAGCGAGAGAGGGGUGAAGAGGAUCAAAUGGAUUUGUUGUGGGAAGAUUUCAAUGAGGAGUUGACUGCGACAACGAUAGGUUCUGCUUCUGCUGUCUCUUUCUCAACAGAGUUGGUUGAAUUCAGGUGCGCCACGGCUUUUACACUUGCCAAGAAGUCGAAUGGUGCUCUUGUUCAUAGUAGUAAUAAUAGGCAUGGCAUGGUGGUGAUCGUGAAGGUCUUAAAGAAGCUCUUCUUCAACAACAACUCUCAUGGAAAAUCCACAAGGAGAGUACUCUGAUGAAUAUCAUGUGAUUUCCUUUCUUUUCUUUAUACCAUUCUUCUUCUUUUCUUCUUCCUUCCCUUAGCAGUAGUCUAAUUCUUCCUCUUCCAUGAAAUGUAUAUGUAAACUUCAGUAAAUAUGAUGUUGGUUUGAUUUAUG